CACCGAUGUUCUAUGGAAACGGCGUGGAUUUGUGAGUGACGCGGGAGUGCCAAGAAGCCCUCGUCCUCAUCUGCUCCAGCAUGGCCCCUGCUGCUGCCUAGUGCAACCACCUCUUCUCCCCUCCCCCUGUGGAACAGCCGAUGCGCUAAUCCGUAGGUGUGCUCCCUUGGGUCUUUUUUUACUCGGAGUUCUUCUCUUCUCUUUUCCUCCCUCAGUUAUUUAUCCCUCUAAACUACCAAGUAUCUUUCCUAAAAACAGAAAUGGCGCCCCGACCGAACCGCAUAAUCGCCGCGGUUCUGGUAUCGCUGUUGCUGCUGUCUCUGCUCAUGCAGGGCCCACCAAAUCAAGCACUUGCCAGCCCUAUUUCGACUUCCCUGCCUAACCUGGCUGAAUUCAAUGCAUUUCCCACAGAACCCGUGGCCCCAAGCAUGACUGCCGCAUCCGGGCCCGCUGUCUCGUCCAACACCACGCAUUCAGUCGGCAGAGGCGGCCCGGAGGGCGAGUGCUGGCGCGCAAUCCACGUCAAGCCGAUGACAUGCAAGGGGAUCCGUAAGCACUGCACAGGCUACGGCAAAGGUGCCCUGGACUAUAUCGACAUAUACUAUUGCUCAUCGGCGUCAUGGCGCCCAGCGCUGGUGGUGCUGAUGGCUGGGUGGGUCGCGCUGCUGUUUAUAUGGCUGGGCGUGUCUGCCUCCGACUACUUUUCGCCCAAUAUCAGCACUGUGGUCAAGCUGCUGCACCUGCCCGAGAGCAUCGCCGGUGUCACCCUGCUGGCCUUUGGCAAUGGCGCCCCCGACCUGUUCGGCACGUACAGCGCUGUCAAGGCCGGCAGCGGCGCCCUGGCUAUUGGCCAGCUGAUCGGCAGCGCAUCGUUCAUUACCAGCGUCGUAGUUGGCGCAACCACCCUGGUCGUGCCCGCGUAUGUCGUCAACCCAAUGCCAUAUUUGCGUGAGCUGUGGUUCUUUGUCGCUGCUGUCGCCACCAUGGCUGUUAUCAUUGUCACUGGCCGACUGACCCGCGUGCUGGCGCUGUGUAUGGUCGGGUUGUACCUGCUGUAUGCUGUCACUGUCGUCAUUACUACGUAUUAUGAGCACAGGCUGAGCAACUACUUUUACGGCAAGGCAGCAAUAGACGUGUCUGAGGACGACGAAGUGCCUGACGUAGCUAUCCAGCUACAACACAGCCCGAUCGCAGCCCCGGCCCUUGUUGUCAGCGAGCCAGAUGAGAGCUUGAGCCUGGACCACGCAUCGCUGGUUCACAGAGGCAACGAUGCAUUGACCGAGAGAGCGCUGUCUGUUGCUGCUGGGAGUAAGGAGCAUGACUCUGGGGACGACGAGAACCCCGAGCAGGCAUUUGAGGAGUUUUUGCUCUACCAUCGCCGGUCGAUGCUGACGGCUGCCGCACGGGAGGAGGCGCGCAGACAGACCCUACAGGCUCACAACUCGAUGCCUAUGCUCGGCAUACAUUCGGGCUAUCCCCCAGCCCAUACUAGCGACCCUGCUGGUGCUGCUGAAUCGGAUGGUAGUGACGAGUACCUGGAGACUGCCACGUCCCAAGCUAUCAACUGCGUGGACCACUCAGAGUUCAGCACACCGACACCUACCCCGCCAUGGUCAAACUACACGAUGCUUCCGCAUACCAACAUCUUGAUCGAGAGGUCGCCGUCGCACGACUUGGAGAUGAGCGUGAGGCCAGACAGUGAUUCGGUACGGUCGAUCCGUCUGGCCAAAUCGCCCAAUCUCCAUCUGUCUCCAUCUGGCCAGUCGGCAGCCCAGCAGGCACACACCGCAGUGCCGCCCACACCGCAGAUCCAGAUCCGUCCUGCCUCGGCGAAUCCGCCAGACCGGCUAGUGAGCAGAGCUGCUAGUCCUGAAUCUGAUACGCCGGUAGAACAACGGCAAGAGCAGGCUGCUAUCCCGACUAUCUGGGUGCAACCGCCAACUCCCCUGCCACCACCGCGUCGGAAACUGCACCACCUGCAGGAUGCAGCCGAUAAAUCUAUACCAAGCUCGAUACCCAGCCCGCACCUGAGCAUUGUCCCGCAUAGCUUUACCCGUCCUAGCUCCAGCUGGAGCUCGGUGUCGGCGCGUAUGAGCAGAGGAUGGCGUGGCCGGGGCAUUGCACUACUGCGCUGUUGCAUCCCGACCCUGCGCCAUUGGCGGGCAGACGCGACCAUGCUUCGCAAGUUCUUUAUUGUAUAUAGUGCAGUUCCUAUGCUACUGCUGACCUUGACCGUACCCGUGUUAACCCGCCCGCCGCCGAGGCCAGCCAAGACAUCGAGCCCGGCUGUGGCCCCUGCGUUUAGAAUGCCGGCCACUGUUGAUGACGACCAAAGCCCGAUGAUGGAGCAGGCGAUCCACAUGGGUGUCCAGCGGCAGCUUCAAAUGCCGCAUUCGCCAAAGCGCACAUCGUCACCGGACAAUCGGCUGCCCUGCCACUCUGAGUCGCCAGCCUGCAUUCCACGCCGCUGCUCCUUGCCCUCUGACUGCCCGGUGCUGCUACAGCCCGACGAAUCGGCGCGCCUGCUUCCCGAGCACAGCGAUCUAGUGAGCUACGAAGCCAACAACCGCCAGGAGCACCUGGAGCUACACAGCCGCCACAUGAGCCUGGUUAGCAACCGCAGCAAAUUUGUCGGCCAUAGCUUCCCGACCGGUAUCUCGCCGACGCAGUCCUUUAGUGCCGCCAGUGGAUUCUCGUUCGAAACAAACAUGUCUCAAGGCAUGUGGCUGGCAGCCGUGGAUCCUCACCAGAUCGUGUGGGCCAAACGUGUCAUACGCUAUGUGUGCAUUGUCAUGACCGCCAUGUUCCUGUACUGCAUGCUGUGCAGGGCAAUGCCGCAGCUACUAGUCAUCAUGCCGCGCGCCAUCGGGUGUGUCGGAGUGAGCAUGUUCCUUUUGCUGUCCAUUUGUACAUAUGAGCACUGCGUGCCAGACUCGUAUGUGAUCCGUGUCCUACCGUGCUUUUUUGGGUUCCUGAGCGGUCUGUCGUGGAUCUAUCUCAUUGCUGACGAAAUCGUAGCCAUCACACAGACGCUGGGUCUGGUCAUGGACAUUAGCGAAGAGAUCCUGGGGCUGACUUUGGUUGGACUCGGCAACAGCGUUGGCGACCUGGUUACCAACGUCACUCUGGCUACCAUGGGCUAUCCGACUAUGGCUCUGGCCGCAUGCUUUGGUGGGCCCAUGGUCAACAUUUUGCUGGGCGUUGGCACGGCAGCCGUCAGCGCCAUGUCACAUAGGGGCUCGAAUGGCGAUGCAGUCGAGAUACAGAUCUCGUCGAAGUCGAUCAUGGUCAGCACCGCGUGCCUGCUGUUCAACACUCUGGUGUAUGUCGUCAUCGUGCCGCGCCAGCAGUACCGCAUGACUCGUGCAGUUGGCCUGGCAGCAAUGGCCGUGUAUUUUGUGGGCAUGACGGUAAACGUGUACUCCGAGUUGUAAAUGCAGUUAAUAAUAUGGCAGUCAUUUGUUGCAUGAGAGGUUUUGAUAUGUGAAGUGUCAGUGGGAAAACAUUGGACAUGUACUGCCUGGAAUAUGCGCGGGUUUUCCUGCUGCCUGCCUCUGCUGCCUCCGUUUUCUGCCUCAACAGCAACAGCAACAGCAACA